GACUGCAUAGUCAUCACUCAAAACUUUGUAAGUCGUCGGGAACUGAUGGAAUGCAUUGCAAAGUUGAAGUUUCUAAACAGUCACAGGCCGACAGUUGAAGUCGUCAUAGCGUUGAGCUGUCACUCAAGCUGUCAGGGUCAAGUUUUCUCAUGCACUCCAUUUGCGAUUGGGAAGCAGUCUGGAUUUGAAGAGUUUUGUUCUCUGCAUGACUUUGUGAUGGCCUGUCAGAGUGUUCUGAAGGACGUACUAAUGGCUACCCACAUUUCAUCAUGUUUCACAUUGAAACUGGACUGUUCUCAUGCAGACUGGCCAGUUGACGCUGACUGGUUGAAGACAAGACUGCACUCUGUUCUAUGUGGCAGUACAAAAGAAGUUUAUGAGACUGGUUCCCAGGUUGCUGAUCUGCAUUUGAUGCUCUCGACCAUGAUCCCCAGCAUAACUACUGGCACAUGUGGUACAAGAUUGAGGGAUGCAGUGAACAGAGCAUGCUCUGAAGGGUUCCCAGACCUGGCUAGGGAGAUGGGUUUGGGAUUCCUGGGCAGUGAUAAUGUGGAUGAAAGGCUUUCAACAGAAGGCAAAGAGGAUGAGGUCACUCCACCUGGCUUGGUUAUGUCGUCAAUGCGGGUUGUUUUUCUUGUGGAAGAUGAAUUUCCUGGUACGCCAUCUCAAGAGCCUGACAAUUCCAAGCAUUCUGGUUCGUACGUUGCCCUCGCUGACGCUUUAGUGGCGAAUCUUCAAAUGCGCAAGGCCUCAGAUGUGAAAUUUGAGUUCAUGAUUCUACGGAUAAAGCAUGGUGAAACCAGUCUGGUCCAAGAGUCCAUGAGGAACCAUCUAGACCUAUUGCUUUGCGAUACGUACAAAGUUCUGUUCAUAGCACUAGGACCGAUGUUUUCCAGACCUAACUUGGAGCUUAUCAAGCUCAUAAAGGAAUGGAACGAUCAAAGAACUGGUGAUAUCUGUUAUGGAAUACACUUCCAGCAUGUGACAGCGAUGCAGGCCUAUGCCAUUAAGAACAGGCUCAAAGAGAUACAGGGUUCUGAAGUUCCCGGAAGUAAUGUGGAAAAGAUAACUCGAAGCAGUCAUCUUGCAGUGACUGGACUGACUGAAAAUGACAACAGGAACUGUGGUGCCUCAUUUCCUGUGUUGCUUUACAUGAUCCAUCUCGCUGUUGGUGAGAACGGCAACAGAUUAGCUGGAAAAGGAAUUCCUUCAGCUGUGUACAGCAAAAAACCAGUCGGUCACGGCAUGUCCUCGUGGACAUUGGAAGAAGUGUACAUGGAGACUUGCCACGUGCUGUCGGGUUUGAGUAGAAAGUGUGGACUUCAUUUGCUGUCUUCGGCAUCAAACCCUGUACAGACCACUUCAACAACCAGCACAUAUCCAAGAGGAGUUCUUGCAAGUUCAGAUGAACCAAGUGCAUUAGAAUCAGCUCGGAAGGAAGGAAGCGACGCUCUCCUGUCCGCUUGUGGCCCGCCUCAGGAGCCAGCAGAUCCAUCCUAUCACUUAACAUUUCCAAUAAAGGAAUGCGAAGUUAUGAGUGGUGGAAAUUCACUUGAAUUAUUCCGAAGGGAUGAUGAAAACAUUGACGCAUUUAAUUACAAACUCGUUACAGAAACUGAGGAGCCUUGCAGUGUCAUGUGCCGAGACAAGCAAUCUUCAAGCAGCACUGCAGAUAUCACGAAUACAAGCUUUUCAGAGGGAGAUAGAAACAAUCAAGUGUCUGGUUCUGAUUGUAGACGCUUAACAGACAAUGAGGUGUCAGGUGGUGCAAUAUGUCAGGAGAUGUCACUUUCAACUAUCAAUACAGUUAUGGCUGUUACAAGCUCUUCUGUAGAGACUGGGAACAACGAUGCAUCAAUGUUGGAUGUCACAUCUGUUAGCCCAUCGUCAGCUAUCAGUCCAUUUGGGAAAGUUUCAAUCACACCUCGGGAGGAAGGAAGUAGAAUGAAAGUGACUGAUAAUGAAGAUGAGGUUGAUGAAGGGCUAGAUCGUGUAAUGAGUUAUGAGAAGUCAUCUAUAAUCUUCGGUCCGCCAUCAGCUACCAGCCCACUGCAGAAUCAUGUUAGUUUGCAGGAGCGUGAAGAAAGCACUACAAAACUAGUUGAAGAUGGAAAUGUCAGGCCGCCUGAUCAUCAGAUAACCUUCCAAGAGAAGCUAUCUUCAACCAUCAACCCAUAUUCAUCUGCCAGUUCAGUGAGGAAAGACGCAGGCUUGUUGGAGCUAGAUGAAUGCACUGAAAACCUGGUCAGUGAUGAAAAUGGGAUUAGCGUCCUGGCUGGUCAUAUGCUCUUCCAAGAGAAGUCAUCUUCAACCAUCAACCCAUGUUCAACUGACAGCUCAGUGAGAAGUGAGGCAGGCUUGCUGGAAAUAGAAGAAUGCACUACAAACCUUGUCCAUGACGAACAUGGGAUCAGUGUCCUCGGUAGUCAUGUAUCCUUCCAAGAGAAUCCUUCUUCAAUGAUGGACCCAAUUCAGGAAGAGGCAAACCUGCUACCAAAUGAAGCCGACGGACUAGCGGAUGAGGUAGACAGGCUUAGUGAGGAGCCAAAUUGCCUAACUUCUCAGGAAAAGCCUUCUUCUGUCAUUAGUCCAGUUGGGGAUAUUGUAAUUCCGCCAGAAGUGCAAAGAAGGGCAAUAAGUCUUGUUGAUGAUGAAGAUCGACUGGGUGAGCAGGAAAAUGAUGUCUUGUGUGACGAGAAGCCAUGUUCAUCUAUCUCAACAGGUGCAGUCUUGUCAGCGGAACAAGGAAGUUCAACAAACCUGGUCACUGAAGCGGAUGGGUUUGAGAAGUCUGGUCAUGAAAUGUAUCACGAGAACCCAUCCUUAACUACCAGCGCCAUUUUAACAGGUGCAAGCACAUCAAUGGUGGAAGGAAAUGUGAUGCAGCUAGCUCAUGAUGAAGAUAAGCCUGUUGAGGAUCAACAAUUUUCGACUUAUGGCACAGUUACAACAGAUGCACCCUCACCCCAAAAAAGGAUCAAGACGAAGAUCAGUAAAAAGACAACAGCGACUAAAUCCGAUGUUAAAGUGGACUCGCCUCUUCAAACUUGGCUCCAGAACUUCACAACGUUCUGUAAAAAACAAAAUGUGGUCGAACAGAAACAGACGGAGACAAACGAAAGUAGCUUUGAAGACUCGAAUUCCGAAGGUGCUCCUGGUAACUACAGGGGAAAGAAAGGUCGUAAGAAAAAGGUUCGAAAAGAAUCUAUGCCGGGAAACUUAGAAAGUUGUAAUACAUCAACUGAGAUCCAGAUUGCCAUGGAAACUGAUUGUGUUCCAUCAGCAACUGUGUACCCAAGCAUGUCAGAAUUAAUUUACGAAGACUCAACCGGUGGUCACAUGGGCAGUUCUGACAAAGAAGAAAUUGUAUUGGCAUCUGAUUCGUUGAAUAGUACAGAAUCUGUUCUAAAUGGGUGGAAUGUGUUUGAAGUUAUGGAUGGUAAGAAACAGGGAAUUGAUAAUGUAAAAGACGAUCAAUCUGUGAGUAAAAAUGCACUUAGCACUUGGGAAAACAGUGACAUGGAGAUUGAUUCUGAAGACGCUUAUGCCGAAAAGAGGUCUUUGUUGAUCGAUAAUUCUGGUGAUGUAGAGCAACCUUCAGUGAAGAAGCUUAGGAACGAAUCUGAUUCUGAAUGCAAGGAGAGAAUUGAAAGACCUCUUGACAUAAACUGGGACAAAAGCGACGACUUGCCAUUAAUGGCUAAUGUUGAUGAAGUUCUUGUCCAUCAUUACAUCUUAGACUUGUCCGUCAAAUUUAACAAAAAAAUUAUGAAGGGAAAUAUAGUGUUAUUUCUUGAACCUCGUAACGAGGAAGUGACCAAGAAGCAAUUUCAAAUGACUUUAGAUAGUUCACUGGUGGAUAUUGAGUCAGUCAGUGAAGUGGCCCUACCAGAAGACUAUAAAGUGACAUUUUGUGGCCAUAAACAAAACACCCCUUUGACACAAGACACAUCUUCAUCCGGGGUACACAACGGUUUCCUUGGUAACAUCCUCGGUGAUAAGUCCCAUACUCCUUUGCCGUUUAAGGGUCUGUCGUAUUCUGUGUACGGGUGGUGUGUGCAAAUUUGGAAACCUGAUGCAACCGGCAAGGCUUGGCCCAGGUGUGUGUGGAUUAAGUACCAGACGAGCCCAAAAGGCACUUCCCUGACAUGGGCUACUGACCAAGAUGGCAAACCCUCUGUAUUCUCGCCCGGUGCUUACAUCAACAAUCGAUCUCUGAUGCCCUGUCAGGAGCCUCCUGUUGCCAUGUCAACCUGGCAGGCGUCUAUUCACGUGCCUGAGGGCUGUGUUGUACUCAUGAGUGGGAACGAAUUUGUCGGCAAAACGACCGGAAGUGACGAUCAAGUGACCUACCAUUAUGAGAUGGACUGUCCACUGCCUUGUUCCACUCUGGCCGUGGCAGUAGGUUGGUGGCAAUGCCGACAGUCCAGGAACGCUGAAACCAAAAAUGGCAGCAGCCCUGACCUGCCUGUCACGUGUCGUUUGUUCGCCCCGCCCAGUUUGAUUGAUGCGGCGGCGAACGAGUUGCUAGGAUACGCACCAAAGUUUUUGGAGGCGUCGUGUGAGCUGUUGGGCCCUUAUCCCUUUAGACGCUUGGAUAUGUUGGUUUUGCCCAAGUGCUUCGCUUGUAUGGGACUCAAAAGUCCCAACCUGGUGUUUCUGUCCCAGUCCCUUCUCUCCGGUGACGCCAGUAUGCGGGUGCGCCUGGCACAUGAGAUCUCACACGCUUGGUUCGGUUUGCUGGUUGGCGCGAAGGACUGGAGCGAAGAAUGGCUGUCUGAAGGCUUUGCGACAUUCAUAGAGGAGAAGAUUCAAUCCAAGGCUGAGCGGUGGUCCAAGGAUAAAGACAGGUUUUUUCGGGAAAUCAGGCAAAUUCUCAGACACAGAUGUUUGUUGUCUGAGAUUAGAGAGUGCGAUGACAAUCUAAAAUGCUUGAGGCCCAAAUCAGUUAAACCCGCAUCAGCUCUUUCCACAGCUGAAGCGGUUAAGAGGAACUCUGGUCAAGCAGAAACCAUGAAACCUCACACGGUGGUACAGUUUGGUCAAAUCUGCUCUAGAAAAUGGUCACAAAUUCACUACCUCAAGGGGUACUUUCUCCUUCACCGUUUGGCCAGCAUGGUGGGUCUUGACGAAUUUGAUGAGUUUCUUUUUAACUAUGUCCAGCAUUUCAAAGGACAACUUGUUGCAUCGGAGGACUUCUUUGAAUUCUUUAUGGAAAGUUUCUCCAACGUGCCAAGGGAAACAACAGACAAUUUUUUUCGUGAAUGGCUGGAAAGAGCUGGAAUGCCAAAAUCCUUCCCGAAGAAGUUUGAAAGUCCCGACAAUGAACUUGUCUCGCAAGUGGAAAACGAGUUUCAAACGUGGAAGAAACAGGACUCUGUUAACAAACGGAACAAGACACUCAAAGUUAGAAAGAGGAAGAAACCUCCAAACAGUACAUUGGAUGUCGCUGAACAAGUUGUUUUGUUGCUGGAAAAGCUUUUGGAGCGAGAGACGAUAUCCCACAGCACAUUGCGUCAAUUAGAGAAGUGCUACAACUUAUCAAAUGGAAAUGCAGAGAUUCGACAUCGCUGGUGUGAACUGGUUGUAAAACACAAUUACACUCCAGCGCUCCAAGAAGUCCACAGAUUUUUGGUGGAGGAUCAGGUAUGAAUUCUCCUUACUUAUUGCUUUACAUUUCUCUCCACUAUAGUUCAGAGAAUUUGGUGACACGUCAAAUUACUGAUUUUCUUCACUCUUGUACGUUUGUUCUCUUAACAGUUAAUAGCAAAAUAAGACGUUGAUUGCUCCAAGCUAAUGCGUUUUCUACUUAUGAUUUCUUUGCCUUUUCCAGGCGUUUAUUUCGUUGGGGCGCAGCGCAAAAAACGGCGAGCGGAAACAUUUCUCGCGCUACGCCCCAACUGACUAAACGUCUGAAAGAGGCUAAUGAUUUCUAGAUACCAUACGUGUUCAUAAGAUGAAAAAAAAAGUAAAUCAAUAAAUGAAAAUUAACAAAGCCGGCACAUAACAGUCUUGACGAACCUGCGGCCUGUGGCCGAUUAGAAACGUUAGUUUUGUGAAGGGAAGAAUACCAGAGAACUGCGAGGAAAACCCUGGCAGCAAGAACGAGAGCAACCAAC